AAGCUAAAAUCGUCCUUAACGACUAAUGAGUUUACGAAUAAACUUAAAGAUUUCUGUUAUUAUUAAUAAUAAACAUCAUUUAUAAAACGCUAAGAUAUUGUUACAUAUGCAUUAAGAACAUAAAUUUAUUUACGCAACUAAAUUUGCUGUUCGCGCGCAAUGUUCACAAAUGAUGCGGAAAUUCUUGUUUGUUGACAUUACUUCAUACAGUUAUGUAGUAGACCGCGCACCGCGCCGUAUCUUAUUUGCUACGUGUAAUUUACUCAUAUUUACACAAAAAUAACGACAGAUACAAACAGUGAAAAUCAUACAAGAAACAUUAACAACACAGGACCCAUGUAAAGUUAUUAUUUGUGAUUGUGAGUGAAAAAAAGAGCGGGCGAAAAUCAGUUCCUAAGCAAGUGGCAGUACGAGCUAUUUUUAGCCGGACCUAUGGCGGGACGGAGGAGAUUUACUUAUCACAAAUGUGUUUGUGUUGACCUAACAUUCUAAUUAAGACUUUAUGAUUAAAAAAAAACGGUGUUUCAUUUCUCAAUUCGCUAUUCAUAAUUAUCAACGAUACCACAAACUAGUUUGACAGCUCACAGAUGCACUUGCACACGUACACAUAAACACUUACAGCAACAUGGUAUGCAUGUGUGCGUUAAAGUGAUGUGAAUUCUUGCGCUUAUCGAUUGGCGAGAUAAUUUCAAGGACGUUAAUCAAGACUCCUUGUGUAUUAUACAAUAAACACAUUUUAACUUAUGGAUAAUAAAAUACACUAAUACUGGCAACUUAUCAACUUUAUAAACAUGGAACCGGAUUCUUUUAAUAACGUAACACCACACAAAAAUACAGAAUCCAACCAAGCAUUUAUUACUGAUAGUGUAGAAUUAUCAGAUGAUACAUUUCGCAUGAGUCUUGACAAUUUCUCAGUAAUCGGGGAGAAUGUAACUAUUGGGGAUAGAAACAUUUCGAUCGAGAGUAAUGCAACUUCGUCCGUUGGGACACCUUCACUCCAAAUCGCAACCCCCAUUCAAACACCGGAUGUUCAAACUCCGCCGGCGGAGAAAUCCCCGCCAAUCAUUGAAACACCGAAACCUUCGGACAAUUCAAAAACCGAAGAAGCAGUCCGUAAACCGCCAAAUUUACUAAAAUUAUCGCUUACUAAAAAGAACGAUGAUAUGUUUGUAAAACCAUCGCCGGUAACGGAGGUCAUGUCGCCGGCGAAAAUGUUACAAUUCGAAGUAGACCUGAGUACUAGCGCGACGCCCACGAUGAAACGAGCCGCUAUUGAUUUUAAUUUCUUCGAUAAAAACAAUUUCGAAGAAUACUUCACUGACGUCAUAGAGACCAAGGAAGAAAAUAAAACGGAACAAGUCGAAGGUAAAACAUUUGAAGAAACGCCCGUAAUCGUGAAUGCUAACACAGUUCGUCAUGAAAUAGGCUAUGUUAAUCUUAACAGCGCUUCUAAAGUGGACAUAUCACAUUUUGAUCUGCUUAAAGUUCUCGGCACCGGAGCCUACGGCAAGGUGUUUCUAGUGAGAAAACGUUGUGGUGUAGACGAAGGCAAAUUAUACGCGAUGAAAGUAUUAAAAAAGGCAUCCAUAGUACAGAAACUGAAAACUGCCGAACACACCAGGACGGAAAGACAGGUUCUGGAAGCAGUGAGGGCAUGCCCCUUUCUGGUCACUCUUCAUUACGCCUUCCAGACUGAUGCAAAGCUACACCUAAUCUUAGAUUACGUAGCCGGUGGGGAACUGUUCACCCAUCUGUACCAAAGGGAACAUUUCAACGAGACUGAAGUACGGAUAUACAUAGCGGAGAUCAUAUUGGCUCUCGAGCAGUUGCAUAAGCUCGGCAUCAUAUAUCGGGACAUCAAACUAGAAAAUAUUCUCCUUGACGCCGAAGGCCAUAUAGUGCUCACAGACUUCGGGCUCUCCAAAGAGUUCUGCGGCGGAGAGAACAGAGCGUACAGCUUCUGUGGCACUAUAGAAUAUAUGGCACCUGAGGUCGUCAGGAGCGGCAGUCAAGGGCACGAUAUUGCCGUCGACUGGUGGUCAGUGGGCGUGCUCACUUACGAGCUACUGACGGGCGCGUCGCCGUUCACGGUCGAGGGCGAGAAGAACACGCAGCAGGAGAUCACAAAGCGCAUAGUCCGCUGCAGCUAUCCCGUGCCCACGGACGUCAGUCCGGAAGUACAGGACUUCAUUAGGAAGCUUCUAGUAAAGGAUCCGCGCCGGCGUCUCGGCGGCGGCGAAGAUGACGCGGGAGAAUUGAAGAGGCAUCCCUUUUUCCAGAAUUUAGACUGGGAGGCGGUCGCACGCCGGGAAGUCCCCGCUCCAUUCGUGCCUCAGCUCUCGCACGCGGCGGACACGUGCAAUUUCGCCGACGAGUUCACCAGGAUGCCCCCCACCGACUCGCCAGCGCAAGCGCCCAAACACCAUGACAAAUUGUUCCUAGGCUACUCAUACGUCGCCCCAAGUAUACUGUUCUCGGAAAACAUAAUAUCUGAUCAGAUAUGGAUGCAAGCAACGGGACAAAAACAUGACAAGCUAAAAGGAUGGGUCGCCAAGGACUCACCGUUCUUCCAGAAGUACGCGGUUGAUCUGAGCACGCCACUGCUCGGAGACGGCUCAUACUCGGUCUGUAGGAAGUGCAUACACAGGCAGUCCGGCAAGGAGUAUGCAGUCAAAAUAAUUUCAACUGAGAAGAAGGACGUGAAGCAAGAGAUCGAGUUGUUGAAAGCGUGUCAGGGCUGUCCCUACAUCAUCACCCUGCACGAAGUAGUCCACGAUAUUGCAUUCACAUAUAUAGUGACAGAAUUGGCGACCGGUGGUGAGUUAGCCUCGGCGCUGGCUAUCGGUGUGCCUGGUGAGAAGGUGGCCAGGCGACUGCUAACCCAAUUAGCCCUUGCAGUUCGGCAUAUGCAUUCGAAGAACAUCGUCCACAGAGAUUUAAAACCAGAGAAUAUCCUGCUAACCAGUUGUCGACUGAGUGAGGCUAGUAUCAAAGUGGUGGACUUUGGUUUCGCUCGCCGCAUUCCCGAGUCGGAGGAGAGGCCGCGAAUGAUGACGCCGUGCUUCAGUUUGCCAUACGCCGCGCCCGAAGUCGUCUCCCGAGCGCGAAGCAGCACUGCGCCCGGCUACGGGCCCUCGGUCGAUCUCUGGAGUCUUGGCGUCAUCUUUUACUGCAUGUUGAGCGGUAAAGCGCCGUUCCAACUGGUUUCCAAGAAAGAACCGGUAACAGCUCUAAUGGAUAGGAUCCGAAUCGGCAGCUUUAGUAUGGAUGGCGACGCGUGGGCGUCAGUAUCGAGUAACAGUCGUCGAUUGGCGUCGUCGCUACUGAGUGUGGACGAGUCGCAGCGGCCGUCGCCGUCGGCGCUGCUGCUAGCGCUGCACCACCACGACUCGCCGCCCUUCCACCUCUCGGACAUGACCAAGGCCGAACUGUACAAGCGGCGCAGUAAGAAUAAGCAGCGCUCUUCGAGUGGGUCCGAAGCUGGCACGUCGCAAUCAGACCCACAUUAUGAGUCCGAUGAGGUCAAGGAGACCUCUCUGCUCGAGACAAUUGCAAACCUUAAGAAUAGGAUGAAUAAGAACUCUAUAGAGAAUGAUGUAGAACUAAUAAAGGCAAACACACAAGACACACCUGUUGAUGAACCCACAGAACCUCAGUUCGACGAGGAUGAGAUACCCUCAGUUAAGCCCGUUGAAAAGACAUAUGCUAAAUCCAGGUCUAAACUGGACGACUAUAUCUACGUAGAGAGCAGUCAAGGUCUAGACGGAACAGAGGUAGCCUUCCCGAAGGCAACACGUAACACCAAAUCCAAAGAAUCAACUUCCCCCGUACCCAGGAAACGUAGAAAAGUCGAAACAAGACAGAGUAAGAAGGCGGAAGUGAACGGGGAGAGGUCACUGCGGAGUAAAGCUGAAAACGGAAGGAAGGCAAAGUCUAAAAGCCCUCCACCCAAACGAGUAUUACGGAAUCAGAGCAUCACAGAAAAGAAGACUAGACCAACCAAAGAAUCUAUCGAGAACGAAAAGACAGUCGUGACUAGGACGACUAGGAAACGCAAAUACGAGGAAACAACUAAACCUGUGCUGAGGGAGAAGGGUCAAAACGGACGGGCGACUCGGAAAAGUAGUUCAGAGAAAGCGGAUACUACACGUAAGGUAGCACGAGCUAAAAAGACCAAAACAAUGGCACCUCUCACUCUAGAAAUACAAGAGCAGAAUGUCCGCAUGACACGUUCCAGAAGAAGGCGAUUGGAGAUCAGCUUGUCGCCGUCACAAGUGAAGAACGUGGUGCCGGCCUUCUCGUUCGAGUCGGACCGCCGAAUCGACUCGAUCGAGAGCAAUCGAUCAGCGAAAUCGAAUACCAAAGCGACCAAAGCGAAAGCGAGCAAAGCGAAGAAGACGCCCGUCAGGUCGACUCGGACCCGCGCGAAUCGAAGGUGAAAUAACGAGUGUAGAAUCGAUUAUCGAAUAGUGACGCAGUACGGACGCUUUGCUCAGGCAUAGAUUAAAAACAAAUGAAUAGAAGUUAUUUAUUCAAAAGAGCUAGUUAUAUAAAGCGUAGUUAGCAUUCUAAUUUGUCAUGUAAUAUUUUUAUUUUUUAAUUCCUUUAUUUAAUGUUACUAUUAAUUUUAAGAUACCUUCUUUCCAAUGAAGUGUAUUCUGAUACGUUGAUGUGCAUAUGGCGUUAUUAUGUUGUGCAAGAUUGUAUGUCUCACUUGAUGCAUUGACGUCACAAGCCAGCACAUCUCUAUUAUUACCAUUAGAUUUAAUUAUUUCAUUAUGAUUUAAUAGAUUAAUUUAGGUUCAAUCCGAGUGAAAUGUUUUAGAAAUGUGAAAUGUUUAGCUGUCAAAUGUAAAUUGUUGAUUACGAAUAAAAAAAUGUAUAAAUAAAAUUAAAAUAACAAAAAAAAAGACUAAUAAAAUUAAUGUUAAUAUCAAAUAUACCUUAUAUAUAUAAGAUUAUUAUACAACUAGCUAGUCUUCAGUAUAAAGAAUAAUUAUUUCGUGCUUCACCAAUGGACUGUAGGAAUCAUACCCAGAUAUCAAAUGAGAUAAAUUGUAUAUUUAUUUCUGUGAUGUAUUGGAUUUUUCUAAAAUGAUUCAUUUUGGUUGAACCUACGUGUAUAGAUGAAUACGGUGUGAUUGAUUACAUCAUCUUAUCUCUGAUUUGUUCAAAUGUCGCCACUGAGUGUUUGUUUACAGUUGGCCACAGAAAUAUAUGUAUGAGAUUAUACAUUUUGUUUAAAAUACCAAUAUCUAUAUAUUUGGCAUCCCGAUGCGAUCAAUUCUGAAACGCCACUUUUUCUAAACCUAUGUCCAAAAAUUUCAAUUUGAUAUUUUUAUUAUAAGGACCAAUAUGAACUUAAUUUUCUAAUAGAUUUAGCACAAAAUUAUUGUUAAUUUUGUUUAUGGUGGUAAAAAAUAGUAAUUUCGCAAAAUUAUCGAAUUAAAAUAUUAGGUAAAGGGAUGGGUUUGGAAAAAUUGCGCAUCAGAAUCGACACCAAUGAAAGCAAACUAUUUGAUAUACUCCAAUACACAAUAAUAAAUAAAUUCUAAAUGUAUUUACAUUUAAAUCCUAAAACCAAUCACAAUUAAAUAAAAAAAAAAUUCCAAUCCUCUCAUUGUAAACUUUUUAAUAUACUCCAAAGUUUGACCAUAGAUAAACACGAAAAUAAUGAGCAGUUAAACCCGAAAAUAAUCCAUAAACCUUAAACCCAUACACAUAUUCUGUACCUACCCUCUUAAUAAAACCCAAACAUGCAUAAUUUCUGUUUAUCAUCAACAUAUCGGCCUUUACCUGUCCACUGCUAAACGUAAACCUCCCCCUUGGAGCGUUCCGCCAGUAGUUGCUACGCUUGGCAGGCAUAGACUUUAGAAAUGUUUUAAGAGGCACGUUGCUACCCAUCCUUCACCCUUUCCUAUUUGCCUCUUAUGACACCCACGGGAAAGAAAGGUGUGGCUCAUUCUAUGCCGAGACCGCACGGCAAUUUGAACGGUAGUAAUUUCCGUUGACACCUUUAAAUUUAAAAUAAUUAUCUUUUAUUUUACAUAAUAAUUAACAGAUAAAGUAAUAAACACAGCCGUAGCUAGAGGAGGGCAUUGAGGAGCAAUGCCUUACCUUGAAAUGAAAGGUCUCAAGAAAAUUAGAUUCGCUUUUUUGAAAUCACCUAAUUAUGACUUCUGCCCUACCAAAAAGUGCUUUUGCCCUACCUCAAACGUGGGUCUAAUUACGGCCCUGGCCAUAAGGCAUUGAACUUACCAAUUAUAUUCCACAUAUUUUAUAAUACAAUAAAUAAAUAAUCAACAUAUUAUAUUUUUCUGUAACUGAUUGUAGAUUGAAAGUCGCGUGUUGUCAUUGGAUUAGAAAUUUGAUAAUCCGGUAGACAAAUUGCAAUAUCAACAGUAGGCAUGCGUAAUAUAUAGCAAUAUCUAUAUUUAGUUAUCUAUAUACUGGUCCAAUAACGAAGAUGUAGAAAGUCUGUUAUCCAAAAAAUAAUAUUGCAUAACAGACUUUUAACAUAUUCGAAAAUAGAUAUCCGAACGAUAUGGGCGAUAUCGAAAUGGGUGACGACCUUUUCCCGCCAUCGAUGUCCAGAGAAACCCAAUAUAUAGAUAUCGGAUCGGUAUUCAUAUUACCCACGCCUAAUCAACAGGGACAAGAAUAGACCGCUUCGUAAUUGUUUUCCACCGCAAUCGCUGUAUUCACUGUGAGAUUGCGAGAAACUACAGAGAAAAUUAUGAAGUGGCCUAAUUGUAUUGGACUUAUUAGAGAUAACUCAUUUAAAAUUGGUUUCCAACUUGAAGCUCUGUUAGUCAUUGAUAGCUAAUGGAAAUUAUUUCAAAGUAUUGACUUAAGCUGAUCGAUAUCUUUGUCAAUUGUCAAUUUUGCUGAUUCUUUGUUGACACUUGUGUUGAAACUAGCAUUGGUUUCAACAUAUUUAUCGAUUAUCAUAUUUAACUACCUGUAAUUUACAGCUUUGCCUGCGUUAAUUAAGAUGGAAACUGACGUGUGAUAUUGUCUAUUUAUGCACCAAAUUUCAUUCAAAUCUGUUAAUACACGAAUAACAACGAAACUUCCUUAUAGGCUAUUUGAUUGAGUAGGGCAAGUUGCUUCGAAAUAAUUUUCAUUACUCCGAGAGAUAUAUAUUUAUAUAUAUUAGCAGAUCUCUUUCCGUUGUAUACUUAGGUUAUUUGUGUGUGUAUAUUUGUUUUAAAUCUAGCGUAAUAGAUUAAAUUGUAAAUGUUUUUUGGUAUUAUGUAAUGGACGUUUUAAUAUGACGAAUCUUUAACUUCCACAUUAAAUACGUUAUGAUAUAUAUUUGAAAAGUAUGGUGAAAGUGCCAAAAUUAUACGAAAUUGAUUUGCAAAAUUAUUACACUAUAUUUCGUGUAACGGAACGCACAUAACAAGCUAAAUAGUGUGCGUGUAACGGAAUAUCGAAGUAGAGAUAUCUAUCUACAUAUAUAUUUAUAUAGUCAGUGGAUGCAAGUGGCUCAGGACCGUUCCUUAUGGCGGUCUAUGAGGGAAGUGUAUGUUCCGCAAUAGAUGGAUAAUGGCUGAAAUGACGAUGAUAUAAAUGAUUAGUUAAAUAUGUUUUUAAGUUCGUCAAUUUCGGCUAUUUUAUUUUUUCAAAUAUUCCUUGAUGUUCGAGGAAGGUUCUUAUAAUGAGAAAAUGGGGGGGAAAUGCUCUGGAAAACGUAAAAACUCCAGUUUUCAACUCUGGCAGAGUUGAAUUUUUUUUUUUAAUAAAACAACUCAAAAGAACGCACUACAACAAUAUAUUUGUUUUAUUAUUAUAUUUUUAGGGGUAUAUAUAUAUUUUAGUUACAAUAUCUAAAUACUGGCCCAAUAACGAAUAUGUUUAAAGUCUGUUAUCCAAAAAUAAUAUUAAAGACAGACUUUUAAACAUAUUCGAAAAUAGAUAUCCGACCGAUAUGGGCGAUGACAUUUUUUCCAAUAUAUAGAUAUCGGAUCGGUAUCGAUAUUACUCAUGAUUACUCACUUCCACUGUUUACUUCAGGAAAGUUAUUCAUUUGAAUGAAUGUUUAGUUUUUUUGGCUUGUUAUGUACAUACCGUUACAUUUAUAUUGUUUUUCUCUUUUACUUGGUAAAUAAAUUUGGUAUUAUUUUUUAACCGACAUUAAGAAGCAGUUUUAUAAUUUGGCUAUAUAUUAAGAGAAAUUUUCGCUUGCAAGAUUUCAAUGAUUCUUUUUUUUUCUACUGUGUCCCAUAUUUGUUACAAUUGAAAAUUUUAUUUGUGUAAAAAUUUUUAAAUUGUAACGUAAGACUAUUUUUGUAGUCUAUUAUAGUGUAACAAAUAAUAAUUUAAAAUUCUUUCAUUCUAAUAUUUUUUUUGUUAGUAAUUUUCUGUAAAAAUAAAUUCCAAGCGUAUUUACCAAAUAGAAAAAGGAAAAACAGAUAAUAAAAAUUUUGGUUCUUCUAUUUAUAUUAUUCUUUCGUUUUUUUUAACUUCCAAGCGCUUUUACCAAAAAAAAUAUGUUUUUGUUUUCGAUUUAUUAUACUGUAAAUAUUGAUUAAAUAAUUAAUAGAAUUUAGUACAAAAUCGGUGGAAGAUUAUUCAUUAUUUAUAAAAAUGUAUUUAAAAAUCUCAAAUUGUCCUAUUUUUUUUUUCUGUACGAGUACUGUACGCGAACGCCCUUGGUUUUGAUCAGUGAAGCAUUUAGAUUUUUAAUUAUUGCUUUACGAUUCACUCUGAGCUAAUUAGCAUACAUAUUUUGUUUUAUUAGAACAGUAAUUAUAUAUAUAAUUGGAUUGGAUAAUUUUUAUUUAAAUAACGUUAUCUAUAUAUAAUAAAAGAGUGAUUGAUUGAGCUUAAAUUGAAUUGACUAUAAAUAUUGCAGCUUUCUUGACAUAAUCACAUGUGUCCAAAUUUAAUUCAAUUAUACCUACUGGGCACAUAGAAGUAUUGAUUAACUUGAAUUUGUCAAUUUAUAACAUAAAAAAAGUAUAAAUGUGCAUUUUAAAAACAGCUCUAGGUCUGCUUUACAUCUAUAAAUUUUAUUUAUGUACUCACGUAUCAUAAUUUAGCGGUCGAUUAACAGUAACUCAGGGAAUUUACAUUUGCAAAUUCAACGUUAAAAGUUUCGUUUGCAUAUUUAUUUACGUAUAUAUACUACUAUAAAUAAUUGAUUUGUUGAUUAACUAUUAGGUUGCUUACCAGAGAUUUUACAUUUGGAAAUCCGUUGUAAUUUUACUUAUGUAAUUUAAUUAGGUGUCGUAACUUAUUGGUUGAUUAAACAUAAGCAUGGCCGUAGCUAGAGGGAGAGGGCAUUGUAGGGCAAUUCCCUACCUUAAAAUGAAAGAUUCCAAGAAAAAUAGAUUAGAUAUUCGAAGUCAAUUAAUUAUGGCUUCUGCCCUACCAGAAAAUUCUUUUGCCCUACCCUAAACUUGGUUCUAGCUACGGCCCUGACGAUCAGUGAUUUGAGAGUGUACAUUUUCAAAUUUAUCAUAAGUUAAUAUAGUAAAACUUACAGGCGGCCUUAGAGUUACUGAAAUCCUCUAAUUUUUAAAAUUAACGAAUUUUUGACGGUUUUCGGCCUCCAUAUUUAUUUUAAACUGUCACAUAACUAAUGAUAAUCAAAUUGUUCAGGCUACACGUUGCACCAAAGAUUCAGAUAUAAUUUAAUAUCUACAUGGAGAAAAUAAUUACUUCUCGUUUUGCCUGUUGGGUAAUUGUGAAUUUUAGAGGCUUGUAAUAGAUUUACGGAGUAUGUUAUCAACAAGCUCAUGUCCUAGAUCAAAGUACAUUAACAUACGCGGUAUCACUGAUAGAAUACUUUUCAUAUUAUAUACAAUAGACUCUAAUAUAUAUAUAUACACUAUCAAUUAAUUCAUCCCAUCAGUAUCCAUCAUCAUAUCAGCCUUUAACUGUCCACUUCUGGGUUUUGCCUGUAGUUGCCACGCUUGGCAGUCAGGCUUUAGAAAUGUUUUAAGAGGGACGCUACUGUCCAUCCCUCGCCUUUGCUUAGUCGGCUCUUAAGACACCCACGGAAAAGGAAGGGCUGUCCUAUACUAUGCCGGGACUACACGGCUACAUCAGUAUCCAUAUUCAGUCUCAUUUAAACCCAUAGAACUAAACUAUAUCAUUAGCGCAAUUUUUUUUUUUACCACAAAGGUGGCAAAGAAACAUACAUAGCCCGUCUGAUAAUAAACGGUAAAAAGUAAAAGGGUACAUCAAAAAACAUAAAUAAAACACUUUUUUGUUCUCUUUCGGCAUUAAUUCCUCUCUAUGACAUGUAUACAAGCGGUGUCGCUAUGGAAAUGUAUUUGUUUAUAGCUGUUGUACAACAGAAUGAGACCCCAUAUUUGAAUAUCGGUGUUGAGUGACAACGACGUAAAAUCUACGUGUACACUAGAACUUGUUACAUGAAGGAUAAUUUGCUGUUUUUUUUAAUCAAGUGGGAAGGGGAUGGGCCCAGUUUUUUAGUGUCCUAAAAAAUAUAAGAAAAGUAUAGUGAAUAUUCGAAAAGUUGUAUAAAAUUAAUUUACUGCACAAUUAAUUGAAACAAAAAUAUUUGUAAAUAAAAACUAAUCUGUGUUCAUUCAUUUAAUGUUACAUAGAUAGAUACUCUUUAUUGUUUCCUCCAAAAUAUUACAAUAGUAAACUUAUUAUAUAAAUAUAAACAAUUACAAGAAAUGUUCAAAUAUUUUAACAAUUUAAAUAAUUUAGUUAAUUAAAUAUGGGCCCAGACUCCCAUACAUUUGUUAAAUAUCUUCAAUUUACCCUUUCUAAGUAAUUUGUCUAGUAGUCAUGUGACACAGUUUUAUCCAUAACAUCGGCAGCAUUAUCCAUUAAAGAAUAAAUUUAUUCACAUUGGUAUGAUAAAUUCCAAUGGAGUGUAUAAAACUAGCAUAUCUCAGAUAAUACAAUAACAUAAUACUAGUCUUAAAGCGAGGUACACAUACUACAUCCUCAAACUAAUGUUUAUAGCUUUACAUGGUACAUACUAUUUCUAAAUUCGAGGAUUUCAUAUAAAUGAUGUUGAUUAUUCUACUGAGCGUGCAACUAGACCAAUAAAUUAUGAGUUUUAUUUUCAUGUAAAUACAUUUUGUAUUAUACUGUAUAAAUAUAUUUUACUACAAGGUCGGAACUCUAUGGUGUUUGUUAAUUAUCAAUUAUAUGUGCAGUGCACCUAAUUGGUACCAUCAUGGUCAUUUAAGGUCACUACAGUCUACUAUUGGCCAUACAUAUUUAUAUGGUACGGUUUUAGAACCUAGAAUGAACAAAGGCAUUGUAUUGCUUCACUUGUAUAAAUAUAUAUAAAAUUAUAUUAAAUCCAGUUUUUAACACCUAUCGCAUUAUUAUAAAUUUUGAUCAAAUAUGUGUAUAUGUAGGUUCUAUAAUAAAGAAUUAAAGGUUCCGACCCUGUAGCGAAAAUAUUGCGAUUCUGUUAAAAAUAUUAAAAUAUCAUUCUAAUAUGUAACUGCUAGAGCUUACAAGAGGCGAAGAUUGUUGAAAGUUUGAAAUAAAUUUAUACAUAAUAUCUAUCUUCUCCACCAAAAUGUAUAUAAAAGGCAGUGUAAAUUAUUUCAUCUGAGAGAAUUUCAAUUUAAUUUUAUAUGUGUAUAUAUAUAAUGUUUUCUUCCAAUUCUUUUUUUUUUUUAUUUAUUUUUUUACUAUAUUCUAUAUUAACUAUUGAUUGUCCAGUUUCUCACUUAUUUGAGUUUAAUUAAAAAAUAUAGUGACUUUUAAAAAUCAAAUUGAAAUACUUUCGGAUGGGUACUUAAUUGCCGUUGCGUGUAAUUAAUAUUUAAUAAUACAACGUAAAGUGUUACAGUCAUCAUGAUUAUGUUGACUCUAACAUAAAGAAGGCACAGGCCUCAAAUGACGUUUAACGAGCCCGCAGUAAACUAUUCGCCUUUCGCCAUUAUAGUUCUACAAAUGAAAUCAAUUCGAGAAUUCCCGCCAAUUUUUUUUUUCAUGUCAUCUAGAAAAAAAUAUCGAUGAGUGAUGUCGUUAAAAGUUCAAAAUGUUCAAAUAAUCUGUGGGGUGAAUUGUCUAAUCGAAUUGGGAUCGAAUCAAAAUCAUAUCGAUUAAAUAAUAAAUAUUACUUUAUAUUUCACGUCUAUUCGAUUUGAUAUCAAUUCGAUAACAAAAAGUCAUUCCUUAUUUUGUAAAUAAUCUUGGCGUGCCUUUGUUUGAAAUUACAAAUUCCUAAAUACAUAUUUAAUAUAAAGUACCUUUCUAUGUUAGCUACUAUUUUACUCACUGUAAUUUCUUUAAAAGUGCAUGCCAUUCAACUAAAUAUGCGAGCCAAUUUUAAAAAACAUUGCACGGCCGAAUUAUAAUAUAAGGUAUCGAAACAAAUUUCGUAAUAUUACUUCUAAUUGGACUUUUAGCGAUUUUGUAGAACCAUAUGAAAAAAUUUUGCAGCGGACUUUUGCAGUCUAUCGAAUCGAUGAAUAGUUUACUGUCAAAACUUGUUAUGAUAUACAUCACUAUUGUAUACAGUUUGUUAAAUGAUAUCUGAUAACGCGUUCGAUUCAAACGAUACAUGCGUUUGAAUAUAUGUUUGAUUGUAAACUGUAUACUUUACUAUGUGUAUUAAUUGUCAUUGAAUGCCGUGGAAAUUGUGAAUUUCCAAUCGCUUUAAUCGCGUUUAGCCUUCACGUCAUUAAGUCGAACGUUUGUUAAAGUGCACUUAAUAAUGGAAUGAACCAAAAGAUUAUAUAAUUUUAUAAUAAAGUGUUAGAAGUUUAUGAAGUAGUCGGCGUUAAACAAAUUUUGUAUGACGUUACACGGAUGCCGGCCGGAGAUAUUGCAUUGUAAUAAAUAUACCAUUUUAACAUUA